UGUCAAUCUCCCCGUUCAUCAGUCUCCCUUCCUCCCUCAGGAACGCAGGACAGGCAGACCUGAAGGGGAGUUCUUCAACAAGGCGACGGUGUACCUGGUUAAGUGUCUCUCUCAACCCACAAGACAACAAGGCUUCGGUGAUCACCUACGAGUUCCCAGCUUGACAGUGACAGGGAGAGCAAGACCACAGGCAACAAGGAGACAUGGGGACAGUAACCCUGGUUCUGGCGCUGUGCAUCGCCAUCCGCCUUGCACUGGGAUUCGUCAUUCAGCCUCCUCUGAUUCAGACGCCUUCGCUGGACCCAGAGACGAUGUGCAGAAACAUCAAAUUUGUUGACUCCAAACGUAAGACUGCAAUCCGCGAAUCGGUGCUCAGAAAUCUGUGCCAGGUGGGACUGUCACAUGUUGAUUUGGAUGACGUCCGCAAGCAGUUUGCCAUCUUCAACUUCCACAGAGAUGCCUUUGAAAGUUCACCACGGUGGUAUUCUGGAGACGCACCGGACGUAAUAAAUGACAGGUACUGGGCAGUCAAUGACGUGGACCAGCUAGAUGCAAGCAAGCACCACUGGUACACUCAUGGGUUACCCAUCUGGCCUCUUCCAUACCAAGAUCUGACCAAUGAUUCAACUCCAAAAAUACUUCCCCUUCCCAAGAAGAAGCCCAUCGACUGGCCAAACUAUGGAAUGGCAACGCCUAUAUACUAUGCUGCAAAGGCUUGGAGAAAUCAGGCCUGGAGCCUUGAGGAAUUCUUCCAUCAGAUGAAGAAGAAAUCCCCUUUCAAGGGUCACAAAGACUUUCACAAACUAGCCAAGUCACUGGUGGAGACAAUCGACAGUCAGCAGGUUGAAAACUACAGUGAAUGGCCAUUCUUCAAAUAUUCUCUGAAGCCAAUGGCACUGUCAGUGGUUCGACGCAACAAAGGCCUGUGUCCAGAUGAGCUCUACAUCUACUUCCGAGUGACCCCCUGCCACCCGAAGGAGGCCCAGCAUCUCGUCUGCACACAAGCAGCCCUGGCCGCUAGGACCAUCUUGACGGAGAUUAACUGCCGCACCACAGAUGUCAUCGUUGGGUACACCAAGGAAUACAACAACGACGCACUGUAAAGAUAAGGGGGGGGGGGGGGGGAAGACAACCGAAGAAAUGGAGACAUGGCGUUUUUGAGACACCUCCUACCUACAGCUUUCUUCUUGGGAAUUUCUCUGACGUCAGUCACCAUGAAUAAAGCAACGAAAUGAAGACAAGGCGCCAUCCUCCACUUCCCCCCAUAAACAGACAGGCCAGAUCCAUUCCCCCGUCGGCGUUCCAUUUGUCACGGAGGUUAAAAUGGAAGGCUGGUUGUAUUUGCAUCGUGUGAAAAUAUGUCCCAUGAAGAGUUUUGGAGAGAGAUCUUUUAGGGAAGAUUCCGGUGUUUCUGCGAAUGUAAAAUCGUUAUGAUGGAACCACCACACCCGGACAGAAACUUGAAGAUGUCCGUACAGGGCAAAGGUUGUUCUAAGCUCACAACAAAACACUUCUACAGAAUUCAUUAUUUACAUAGCUGCUUUCACUACACAUUGACAACUUCAACAAUUUUGGCUAUGAAAAAUGCAGCACUUGUAAUAAAGCUCGCUUUCAGCUAUUCACGGAGAUAUAUUAAAAGAAAUAUGUUAAGCUAUUUUUAACGGAAUAUAUUCAAAGUAGGUUGCAGUUUUAUCAGUGUUCAAAUUUUCAAGAUUUUAAACAAGUAUUGCAAAACUACUGCCUGUUAUUUUAAGACGAUUACAAGAUUAGCAAAAUAGUUCGCUAUUCAACAUGAAGGUACACUAAAGACACUCCGGAAUAAAUUGUGUGCAUUCUACGGAACUCAUGUGCAAAAGCAGACAAAACAAAAACACCCACGUAAUAUAUUUACAGCUAACCAUAAAAUGAUAGUAUUUGGUAUAUUAAGGCAGUUAUACAAUUUCAUACCUGAGGAAGCAAGAAGCUAUGAACAUUAAAAUUACUGGCUGGGAUUCAAGACACCAUGAAACUCUCUCUCUCUCACUGCGCAAGACCUGUAGUAUUGGGAAAACCAAUAACAACAAAUAUUGGACCAGAUUUUUAAGCAGGCCAUCAGUAUGAUAAUAAAUGAAUGACCAGUUCUAAAAGAAAUUACGAAAACACCGCAGAUUCAUAGGUAACAGAUGUCCUUGUCGUUAUGGGAAGAAUUAUAUGAGAGAGAGAGAGAGAGAGAGAGAGAGAGAGAGAGAGAGAGAGAGAGAGAGAGAGAGAGAGAGAGA